AACAGCAGCCAGAUCUCGUGUUCUCCGGUUCACGCCUAGUAAAUCCCCAAAUCACCCUCUCGUUCCCACUCCCUAGUCCCCAGUCCCCACGGGGCCGCGCCCGCGGGCCAGCGCGAAACUGCAGGGGUAAUCCCGUCAACUCCGGCCAUUCACGUGGUGAAGCAAAAUUCCAAGCGCUCCAACCAGGCCGGCGACGGACGCCUCCUUGUUCUCCACGCCGCCGCCGCCGCCGCCGCGUGGGCCCAUCCUGACUAGACCUUGAGGUUCUCACCGUCUCGACCACGCGAGCGCCUGCGGCUCCGCUCCACUGCGACGCCUGGAUCUGCGGGUCCCCCUAUCCGCAUGAUGAGGAUCCUCGCCCUCCUGGUGGUCGCCGCGGCCCUCCUCGCGGCCGCCGCCGCACACGAGCACCACGGCGAGGCACCUACUUGCGCCGGCGGCGGCGGGCGCGUGCUCGCGGAGUUCCGCCCCGGGGAGGUGACCGUGGACGGGCACAGCGACGACUGGGACGGCGUGGAGGCCUCGGAGUUCGCGCUGUUGCCGGCGCUCGACCCGGACGAGGACAAGGCCUACUCUGGCGGAAAGGUCGCUGUCAAGGCUGUGCAUGAUGGCGUCAAUGUUUUCUUCAUGCUGCAGGUUGAUGGGGCUUACGCAUACAGUAAAGGAGAAAGUAGUAAGUGCCCUUCUGUUGCUCUGAUGUUCCAAGUUGGAGAGAAAGCCACAUAUUACAAUAUGGGAGGAUGCAAAGACAUGCCGGGUUCUUGCACAAGCAAAAGUUGCAGAGGUCAUGAGGUUGACAUUAUGCACUUUUCAGUGGGAAAUGCUAUUCCUGGACGUCUUUAUGGUGGCAAUCUCAUAGACAAUGCAGAUGGAAAUGGAGGCGACAGGUUCGGCCACCUUGUUGAUGUCUAUGCAUGGAAUCCACAUUGCCGAUACCUUGAUGGAAUAGGCCCUAAAGAGAAUAAUUCAAAUGCUCAAAACGAUUGGCAUGGUGCCUGGUGGCAUAGUUCGCUGACCGUCCAUUCAGGCUUUGUUGAUGAUGACAGUCCUUUUGGAAAACAAGAUGAGAAGGGCACAUAUUAUUUUGAGUUCUCAAGACCCCUAAGAACAAUGGAUAAGUUUCAACAGGAUGCACAGUUCAGAAUAGGUCAGCCCAGCAAUAUGGCUGUAGCUUUCUGGUACCCAACUGACGGCAAAGCAUGGAGCAACUCCGAGCAUUACUCAGGCAGUUGCAACUGGCUGGUUUUGGAUAUACAACCUUCAUUCGAAGCUGCUCAUUACCGCCCAGCUCCUAACCGUUCUUGGGAUGCUGCAACUGCCUUUGCUUUGCUCCUUUCGGUGGUGGCCAUUUGCCUGUCUAUCUUUGUGGGGUACUGGGUUUCUAAGAACAAGAGCACUGUCCAGUUUACACCACUUGAACAGAUCCAGUUUGCUGAAGAACGGAAUUGAUUGUACUUAAGAUUAUAUGCGAGGUUGCACGCAAUGCUAUUUCAUCUUCACGUGUAGGACCCUUUGUACGCUUCGAGGUGGAGCGAUUGCUGUAUUGCAGUUUUGAACUUGGAUUAUUGUAAUCUAGUGUAGGACAAUUUGAAAGCACACACGAUACAUAAUUACAGACUGCCGAUUUGGAUUGUCACAAUUUCUGUAAAUUUGUAUGUCAGCCCUGGGUUACUGCUGCUGUCAUCGAUAUCAUGCUACAUGUACAUGUGAAUAUGGUUGUUGUUUCA